CACUUCCUGUUUGCCGCGCCUUCUGAAUCCGGGUCAAGGGUCUUCGCCUCUCUGCACUCUGACUGCUCCCGGCACCCUCCGUGACAGCGCCUACUGACUCAGCCCGGGACCAGUGUCUUUUCUCGGCCUGCUGGAGCCUGGACGCCCGUACCUGCCCCAGAUCGAGGAGGCGCGCUUCCUCCACCUACCGGCUCGAAGCCCCGGGCCCUGAGCGACCGCCGGGGGGCCGCACUGGCCCCUCCGCGCCGAUGCUGAGCGAGACUGCGGGCCCGGGGCGGCGGCGGAGUUCGGGCCUCUGGCGCCGUAGGCCAGCCGUGGGUAGGGUCGGUUCCUAGGCGCCCCCGAUUCGCCGUUCCUGCCUCGGCUUGGAUGGAUCCUCCUGCCCGAUAAAUGUGGCUGCUGAGGCGGCGGUGGCGGUGGCCAGUCCAGCUGCUGCUGCGCUCCCAGUUCGCCUCGGCCGCGGCCCUCUCCCGUGCUAUCUUGGGGCUACCGCCGCCCGCUUCUUAUCCCCCGGCCCUGUCCCGUGGUGACAAUGGACAAGAUCCUGGAGGGCCUGGUGAGUUCUUCGCACCCACUGCCUGUGAAGAGGGUGAUUGUGCGAAAGGUGGUGGAAUCGGCGGAGCAUUGGCUAGAUGAAGCGCAGUGCGAGGCCAUGUUUGACCUCACGACCCGGCUCAUCCUGGAGGGCCAGGACCCGUUCCAGCGGCAGGUGGGGCACCAGGUGCUGGAGGCCUACGCACGAUACCACCGGCCGGAGUUCGAGUCCUUCUUCAACAAGACGUUCGUCCUGGGCCUCCUCCAGCAGGGCUACCACUCGCUGGACCGGAAGGACGUAGCCAUCCUGGACUACAUUCACAACGGCCUGAAGCUGAUCAUGAGCUGCCCGUCGGUGCUGGACCUGUUCAGCCUGCUGCAGGUGGAGGUGUUGCGGAUGGUCUGUGAGAGGCCGGAGCCGCCGCUCUGUGCCCGACUCAGUGACCUUUUGACCGACUUCGUGCAAUGCAUCCCCAAAGGGAAAUUGUCCAUCACGUUCUGUCAGCAACUGGUUCGAACGAUAGGCCACUUCCAGUGCGUGUCCAGCCAGGAGAAAGAGCUGCGAGAAUAUGUCUCCCAGGUGACGAAAGUGAGUAACUUGCUGCAAAACAUCUGGAAGGCUGAGCCCUCCACACUGCUGCCUUCCCUGCAAGAAAUUUUUGCAAGCAUCUCUUCCACAGAUGCAUCAUUUGAACCUUCUGUAGCAUUGGCAAGUCUUGUGCAGCAUAUUCCUCUUCAGAUGAUUACAGUUCUCAUCAGGAGUCUUACUACGGAUCCAAAUGUAAAAGAUGCAAGUAUGACCCAAGCUCUUUGCAGAAUGAUUGACUGGCUCUCCUGGCCAUUGGCUCAGCAUGUGGAUACAUGGGUAAUUGCACUCCUGAAAGGACUGGCAGCUGUCCAGAAGUUUACUAUUUUGAUAGAUGUCACUUUGCUGAAAAUAGAACUGGUUUUUAAUCGACUUUGGUUUCCUCUUGUGAGACCUGGUGCUCUUGCAGUUCUUUCUCACAUGCUGCUUAGUUUUCAGCAUUCUCCAGAGGCGUUCCAUUUGAUUGUUCCUCAUGUGGUUAAUUUGGUUCACUCUUUCAAAAGCGAUGGCCUGCCUUCUAGUACAGCCUUCUUAUUGCAGUUAACAGAAUUAAUACACUGUAUGAUGUAUCAUUAUUCUGGAUUUCCAGAUCUCUAUGAAUCCAUUCUGGAGGCAAUAAAGGACUUUCCUAAGCCCAGUGAAGAGAAGAUUAAGUUGAUUCUCAAUCAAAGUGCCUGGACUUCUCAAUCCAAUUCUUUGGCAUCUUGCUUGUCUAGACUUUCUGGAAAAUCUGAAACUGGGAAAACUGGUCUUAUUAACUUAGGAAAUACGUGUUAUAUGAAUAGUGUUAUACAAGCAUUGUUUAUGGCCACAGACUUCAGGAGACAAGUAUUAUCUUUAAAUCUAAAUGGGUGCAAUUCAUUAAUGAAAAAAUUACAGCACCUUUUUGCCUUUCUGGCUCAUACACAGAGGGAAGCAUAUGCACCUCGGAUAUUUUUCGAGGCUUCCAGACCUCCGUGGUUUACUCCCAGGUCACAGCAAGACUGUUCUGAAUACCUCAGGUUUCUGCUAGACAGGCUCCAUGAAGAAGAAAAGAUAUUGAGAGUUCAGUCCUUGCACAAGUCUUCUGAAAGCCUGGGGUGCACUGAAACUUCUUUACAGGAAGUAGUCAGUAAGGCAGCUGCACUAACAGAGACCCCUUGCACAAGUGACGGUGAGAAGACUUUAAUAGAAAAAAUGUUUGGAGGAAAGCUACAAACUCAUAUACGUUGUUUGAACUGCCGGAGUACCUCACAAAAAGUGGAAGCCUUUACAGAUCUUUCGCUUGCCUUUUGUCCUUCCUCUUCUGUGGAGAACUUGUCUUUCCAAGACCUAGCAUCAUCACCUGAUGUACAAGACAAUGGCCUGCUCCGCACCAUUGUAUCUGGUCAUUCAGAAGAACCAGUGGUGUAUAAUCCAGCAACAGCUGCCUUUGUCCAUGAUUCAGUUGUGAAUGAAAGAACGAUACACAGUCCUCCUGAUGAGUUUCACUGUACUGAGAACACUUCUGUACCCAAUGAAUCUAACAAGAUUCUUGUUAAUAAAGAUGUACCUCAGAAACCAGGAGGUGAAACCACACCUUCAGUAACUGACUUGCUAAAUUAUUUUUUGGCUCCAGAGAUUCUUACUGAUGACAACCAAUAUUAUUGUGAAAACUGUGCCUCUCUGCAGAAUGCUGAGAAAACUAUGCAAAUCACAGAGGAACCUGAAUACCUUAUUCUUACUCUCCUGAGAUUUUCAUAUGAUCAAAAGUAUCAUGUGAGAAGAAAAAUUUUAGACAAUGUGUCACUGCCACUGGUUUUGGAGUUGCCAGUUAAAAGAACUACUUCUUUCUCUUCAUUGUCAGAAAGUUGGUCUGUAGAUGUUGACUUCACUGACAUUAGUGAGAACCUAGCUAAGAAAUUGAAGCCUUCUGGAACUGAAGAUGCUUGCUGCCCCAAACUGGUGCCCUAUCUAUUAAGUUCUGUUGUUGUUCACUCUGGUGUGUCCUCUGAGAGUGGGCAUUACUAUUCUUAUGCCAGAAACAUCACAGGCACGGAGUCCACAUACCAGAUGUGCCACCAGUCUGAAACUCUGGCCUUAGCAUCCUCCCAGAGUCAUUUAUUAGGGAGAGAGAGUCCCAGUGCAAUCUUUGAACAGGAUUUGGAAAAUAAGGAAAUGUCAAAAGAAUGGUUUUUAUUUAAUGACAGCAGAGUGACAUUUACUUCAUUUCAGUCAGUCCAGAAAAUCACAAGUAGGUUUCCAAAGGACACAGCAUAUGUGCUUUUGUAUAAAAAACAGAAUAGCACUAAUGGUUUAAGUGGUAAUAAUCCAACCAGUGGACUUUGGGUAAAUGGAGACCCACCUCUACAGAAGGAACUUAUGGAUGCUAUAACAAAAGACAAUAAACUAUAUUUGCAGGAACAAGAGUUGAAUGCUCGAGCCCGGGCCCUACAAGCUGCAUCUGCCUCCUGUUCUUUUCGGCCCAAUGGAUUUGAUGACAAUGACCCACCAGGAAGCUGUGGACCAACUGGUGGAGGGGGUGGAGGAGGAUUUAAUACAGUUGGCAGACUCGUAUUUUGAUGCUGAGAGAGUCCAAAAUGCACUGGUCACAAAAUAUCCAAUACUAUGACUGUUAAAAUGUCAUACUGUAACAAAUAUCAUUAUCUAUCAUAUUUUUUUUUUGUUUUCAUUAGACCCUUAUACUUUUAAGAAAACACACUCAGUGCUUGUUUUUAUUUUCUUAACAAUACAUUUAUCAACAAAUGCAUCAUGGGAAAAAAUCUACCUCUUAAAAUUCCAUUUGCUUUUAUGGUUAGACAUGCUUGACCAAAAAUGUUUGGAGUAAAAUAUGUACCUAGUCCCUAAUUAAGCUGCAUUAAAUCUGGUAGAAGCAUUUAAAUGGUUACCCUCAGUUUUACUGGACAAAAAUACAUAAUUCGUUUAGCAUUCUUUAUAAAGUAAUUGAUACUAGAGGUGAGGAAAAAUUGCUAAAAAUGUUUUUAUUUUCAACGUAGUUACCCCAUUAUUAAAUUCAAGUUUUUUAAAAUACUGGAGACGGCACAGUCUCUAAUGAAGGCAAUAAUUUUAACAUAAAAUCUAUCAAGCUAUAGUACUUCAAGGGUUUUUUUUAGCACUGUCUUCAGCAUCACUGUAUCUGCAUUUCAAAUGCAAAUGUUAAAAAAGAUUAUUUAUACAAAUGUGGUGAAUGAAUUGAUUUUAAGAAAGGUGCAUGAUCCUGUAGGAGCAAUGUUUUUACCUAAAUAUUGCUAAUUCUGUAGUAUUUCUAAUUGUUCACAGAUUUUAAAAUUCUAUUUCAGGGAGUAUAUCUUCUGUGUGUUUUGAAGGAGGUGAGUUCUGUAUGUGCCUUGUAGUACUGUAAUUCAAAAAUAGGAAACUUUGGCUGCAGAAACUUUUUUAAAAAUGAAAUGUUAGGAAGUAAAUUUUGUGCUAACAAUAAAAUUAUAACUUUUGAAAGGUAUUAGAUUUUCCAGAAGUAAAGUCAAAUCAGUAAGUGUGAUAGUUCAUUUUUAACUUUUAGGAAAAUUCAGAGGAAAUGAACCUAGUUAAGUAAAAAAGAAAAAAAGAAAAAACGUUUUUGAUUUUGUUACUUAAUCCUCAGAAUAUUAAACACUGAUUGCAUAUUUUCAGAGUUCUACAUUUGGGGAAUUUGUUUGUUUGAGUCAUAUGUUUUACAUAGUUGUUUCUCUUUCAUAGUUUCUGAUAAAAUGUUAAAAUGCCA